AUGUCUCCUUCAAGUAGCCCAUGGUCCCUGAGCCUCGUGUUUCUUCUGGGGGUGGCAUCACAGGGGAUCAGCUGCCCAAGCAGGUGUAGCUGUCAGUACCUGGAGGUGAACUGCACCGGGCAGCAGUUGCAGGAGUUCCCUGUGGACAUCCCUCUGGACACCAGGCAGCUGAUUCUGGCAGCAAACAACGUCUCGUACCUGCCAGCAGUGGAACUGAGCUUCCUGGCUGAUUUGGUCUAUCUGGACUGCAGAAAGAACCUCCUGGGGGAUGACCUGGAUUUCACUUUCAUUGGUGUGGCCAGGCUUGUCUAUCUGGACCUCAGCUUCAACAACCUCACACAGGUCACCUUCAGCACCUUCUCCCACCUCCUCAGCCUGGUGGUACUGAAGAUCUCGGACAAUCCCAACCUUGUGGCCAUCGAGAAGGAUGCUUUUGCCAACAACACCUGGCUGAGGCACCUGGAUGUGAGCCGGACGGGCUUAACCUUCCUGGAUACCAGUACCGUCCGGGACCUGCCCAACCUGAGGCUUCUGGGGCUCCGUGACAACCUGUGGCACUGCAACUGUUCCUUUUUGGACUUCAUCACCUGGAUGAUGGAGAGCGAUGUGCAUUUUCCAGAUGCUGACAACAUCACCUGCUACACCCCAGCAGAGCUGCGUGCCCUGAGGAUGCCAGCAGCAGAGGCACAGCUCCACUUCAGCUGCCUGACCCAGCUGCACAAGCAGGAUUAUGUCUUUCUGGGCCUCGUUGGCUUCUGCAUAUUCCUUGCUGGCACCAUGGCAGCCUGGCUGGCCGGUGUCUGUGCUGUCAUCUAUGAGGCCCAUACCUCAAAGGGAGAGGAAGAGGAGGAGGAAGAGGAGGAAGAAGACACAGCCACUUAG